AUGACGAAACUUUUGGUGAAGGGCAAUUUGUUUUUAUGGAACCCAUCAAUUAGAAAAAUUGUAAAACUUCCUCCAUCAUUGACUCCAGUUACUAGUAAUGUUCCUAAGCUACCUUCUAUAGUUGGAACUGCUGUUGGAUUUGGGUUUGAUCAGAGAAGUAAUGACUACAAAGUUGUGAAAAUUGGGUACCUUGUUGAUUACAAGAGUGGAUUGGAUGUUCCGUGGACGGUGGAGAUUUACUUCCUUAACACUCAUUCUUGGAGGAGAUACAAUUGUGUUGCUGAUUUUUGUAGUGAAACUUUUUGUUUCGGUACAUUCUCUGCGUUUGCGAAUGGGGCAGUUCAUUGGAUUGCGUUUGUUAGUGGUUUAUGGAUUUUGAGAUUUGAUAUGGGUGGUGAGGUGUUUAGGGAGAUGACAUUGCGGAACCAUCUAGUUAAAUUAAGAGAUUCUACAACCAUGUAUGUUAUGGUAUUGGGUGAGUCGCUUGCUGUUGUACAACGUGACUAUUAUUCAAGUUCCCAGACUUUUCAAAUAUGGGUAAUGGAGGAAUAUGGUGUCAAGGAGUCGUGGACUAAUUGA